AUGGCAGACAUCACAGCCUCCUGGACCAAGGUCGCCACAGCGGAACAACUUCAGCGAUCCUCCCACAAUGUCAGUGCGAUUGGAGGAUCGCUCUUCGUUUUCGGUGGAGAACUGAAGCCACGCGAGCCGCGGGACAAUGAUCUCCACAAGGUCGACUUAGAAGGUCGGGAUGCUACAAAACCUGUCCAGUCGAUCCAAGGAAAUGCAAGUUCUCCUGCUCCCAGGGUUGGAGCAGCCACAGCUAAGAUUGGCCAUGUGAUGUAUAUGUUUUCUGGCCGUGGAGGGCCUGAAAUGACGCCCGUCGACGAGCAUGGAGCUUUGUGGUCGCUGGACACGACGUCCAAUGAGUGGAAGCUGUUGAAGCCAACUUCGGCAGUCAAACCAGAAGCUCGCAGUUUCCAUGCACUGACCUCCGACGACAAGGACACGAUCUACCUACAUGCUGGAUGCCCCGAAAAAGGCCGAUUGGCAGAUUUAUGGUCGUUCAAUUUGUCGACAUCAUCGUGGAAGCAACUUGCUACAGCGCCGGGUCCCUCUCGAGGCGGAGCUUCCAUUGCCUUUGCGGAUGGAAAGCUUUAUCGUAUGAAUGGAUUUGACGGAGAGAAAGAACAGGGCGGUGCUCUUGAUGUUUACAGCCCAGAGUCCAACUCCUGGGAAACGACGGUGUUCCCGGCAGACGGGAAGACUGGGCCUGGUGCACGAAGUGUAGCCGCGCUAGUUCCUGUGAGCAUUCAAGGAAGUACAUCGCUGGUUACCCUAUUCGGCGAGAGCGAUCCGAGCUCACUGGGACAUCAAGGAGCCGGCAAGAUGCUUUCUGACAUCUGGGCGUACUCCAUCGGGACUGGCAGGUGGUCUCCCGUGCUCACACAAGAUGAAGCUCUACCUAAUGCCCGCGGAUGGUUUGAUGCUGAUGUUGUCUCAAUCAACGGAAAAGAUCGUAUCGCAGUGGCCGGUGGUCUUGGAGAGUCAAAUGAGAGGCUUAACGAUCUCUGGGUACUCAGCUUCUGA